GACAUCACUGAUUUUCAGCCUGCUGAAUAUUUCUAUUGUAGCUAUCACUAUCAGUUUUAUAGAUUUCGUAGCGUAAGCAUCUACUAUGAUCAUGUUAAGGAAUGCAAAUCUUACUCAUGUGAUGGUGCUAUGAAAAUAGAAGUAGUUAAGAAAGGAUCUGAAGCUGCUGCAUCUAGAGAUGGAGUUUUCACCAUGAAUACAUCAUCUUUCAUAAUCUCUGAUGAUCUCCACAUAUUUCCAAAUGAGACAGGACUCUUAGGUAUCAUUAGCUUUCUUGGCAUUACAGACAUGGACAAUGCCGUGCAAAUCAAAGUGGAUUUGGGCUUCACUGAGAUUAUGAAUUUGUUGAAGGCAUCCUUGACGUCCUCCAUUAUCGGACAUCAUCCUAAGUAAAACAACUCAGAUUUACUAUAUGGUGUCUCAACCUCACACUGCGAAGGAAGAGAAUCCCAAUAACUCUGGGAAUUUAAGUUUGAAAGUGAUGAUACAACAAUCUACUGGUAAGCUUUUGUAUGCUCAAGCUAAUGAACACUUUGUAGAGUUUCUCUUUAGUUUCCUCUACAUCCCAUUGGGAGGAGUUGAGCAUCUUCUUGCCGGUAACACUUGUGUUAAGGCUAUAGACAACUUGUAUCAGAGCACAUCCGACCUUAUAGAUAGCAAGCAUUUCAUUACCCUGGAUACAAAAAUGAAGCUAAUGAAACCCAAGCUUCCUCAUGGCUAUAUUUCGGAAGGCUGCAUUUUCCCUCUCAUUGAAGAAAGAUUGCCUGCUGACUACAAUGAUAGAAGCCAGUUUUCUAGUGUUAAGUUUCCCAAUGGGAAGGAAAGUUAUCUUAAAGGAUCCCCAACUUAUCAUGUUGCGGAUGAUUUAACCGUUACCCCUUUUUGCAUUGCCUCGACACUUUCCUCUCUUAAAGAGCAGAAAAUCUCGAUAUCUGAUGUCAAAGAAGUGGAGAUGCAAAUAGGGCUGAAAGAGGCUUGUAGCAUACUGAAAGCCUCUCUUACUUCUACUACUGCUCUCACUGAUGCUCUACUGAGUGGCAAAUCGAUCAAACAGCCAAAGAGAGAAGUGUGAUAUCCAUGCUUCCUAAGUUCCUAUAUAUGUUGCAAAUAUUGGCUUAUAUGUUAUAUCAAUAGCUAUUGUGCUUCAUUGUUAUCUUAAGUUAUGGAUCUUUAUUUUCCAUUCGUUUGGAUAUUUUUUCAAUAUGCAAAUACUAUCUCGUUUGCUUCGAGUUUA